UUGAAUCUCGCUACCUAUACAUCGCAAACAGGUAAUUCUAACAUCAUUAGGAAGUUAGUGAUGACGAGAAAACAAAUAUAUAGAGCUUGUUUCUGAUCAGUAUUGUACAACUACAGAAUUGGCUACUUCCUGUAUGGCACGCGAUGUGAUUACGCCCUCAUGACCAAGUAGUACGACCACCUGUGACUUCACACGCGCCCCCAGGUCAAUUGUGGCAUUCUAAUCACUACAGGGGUCAUCUGUUCCAGAAACAAAGGCUUCUUCGCUUUCCGAAGUCUCUUCUUCUUCACACCUUACUUUAAUGAGAACACGGUCGACCGCUUCUUCAACUAUCCUAUCGGUCUCUCGAUAGUGCUUUUCUACUUUUUGAAUGACGUGCUUCCGUUUUGAUGUGUAAUGUAAUCUGUAUACCUUCCGUGCCCUCCUAGGCUCCUCCAAUAUCUACAUAAACGUUUGCCGCAAUUCCCACACUGCCAGCUAUUGCUUUUCCUACUUUUUAAUUAAGUGCAUGUAUUAUUUAUUACAUGGAAGGUUUGCCACGGUUUGAGAUUUCGCCGAGGAUGUGAAGUCGACCGUGUACAAAAGUGAAGUCGACCGUACAAAGGUGUGCGAAGGUGUGAUCAACUCUCAUAUAAUGCAACUCUAGACAGCUCUACCAUUCAAUUCGCUUCUUCAGCGUCGACCGUGAAAUCUCCAGAAGUGCCGGUAGUGACUCGCAGCGUGUGUCAUGACAAUGAGAGUGCUGACGGUCAACAUUCUGCUGUGUUGUUUUGUCUGCUUGAUCUUCUUUGACGGUGCAGACGCUUGGUGGUUGUGGGGAAGACGUCGAACAGGCUGCACUAAGACUAAGCAUAUCUACGAACUGGGACUCCGGCCUCUCAAAUUCAAAGGUCGUCGAAGACGAGACUCGCAGUCUGACACUGACGACACAGAAUUUGAAAACGAAGCCGACCGAAAGGAAAUCCACCAUCGAGAACGCAGAUUUAUAUGGUACGGCUUGAAACACGCUGCAGUUCGGUAUCAAGGGAAACACUUUGAUUUCUCAAAUGAUAACAAAGUGAUGGAGGACAGACCGACUGAAAACUGGAACAGCGCCGUUUGGAAAUGGUCCAGUAAACCCUUUUUGGGAACAACAAGAAUCAGCUAUUGUACUCUAGCACAAGUGAGGGCAUUCAACAAGAAAUGGCAACGCCCGUACACUCUGUUUGUCAACAACUGUCAACGGUAUGCCUCCGAUUUGAUGAAGUAUCUCAAGAAUUGCAGCUGUCGCUGAAAAGCGGAUUGAUGAUCUCGAUAAACGAACGCAUUUGCUUAGAUUUAAAUAGACAAUGUUAGCUAGCAAUAUGCAAGCAAGCAAGCAAGCAAACGAGUGCCAUGUCGUAUUAGCUAGAUGUAUCAAUUUCUGCAUCAUUGCUGUCGCUGUCAUUUGUGUUCAAUAAAGGUACAACGGUUCG